AUGCCUCUGUCGAUGGUAAAAGCACCGGCAACCGGUGGUGAAGAUACCGGUAAGGAUCGCUUGCUCGACCCGUUAUCUCCGGUGGAAUCGCGAAGCGAAUCACCACCACCGAUAUCACCAAGCCACAGUCCGGCCCCAGUAGCGACAGCGCAACAAACCACAGCUACCGGCUUUCCAUUGGCCGUUGCCAACUUCUCCGUGAUAAACUAUGUGGGUAAAAUUCAAAAGCAAUCAUCAUACAAAGCAUCCGCGCGUUGCCGAACACCUUACGAACGGUGUAGUCUGAGGUCUGGAGGACCACCACCGUCAAGUCGCAUCGUAGAACCCCAGAUGGACGACACAACCAGCUCGUCAACCUUCUCCUCGAUGGAGUUCGGUUGCAACAGUAGCAGCAGUAUCAGCAACAACAGUACGGGCAUUGGCUGUGACACCAGUCCCGAAUCUAGUGAUCAGCAGGAUAGUAUCGACACGGAAGACGGAAGCAUAUCCGGCCCACGAUUACGCAGCCGUCGAUCGAUGAGUGUCUCCUCUAGCGGUUGUUCCAGCUCAAUGGAUGAUCGAAACUUUGAUUUCUCGCCCCUCGGAAGCAUCAUUAGCUGUCGGUGUAACUCGUACAGCAUGUCCGACUUUGAUGACGAUGGGUUCCGCGAGGAUAGUAGCGUGUCGUCCGCGUACGCCGUGCUGUCUGGGUCGCGAUCGUAUCAACCGCAUCACCCGCUGCAUCACCAUCACCAGAACGUACCUCACCAUCCGAACAAUCACAAGGGAUUGUUCGAUAUAGCACUGAAAACGGUGAAGCUGAUCCGGCGCAACCAAGAGCUACAGCACCGGUUGGCCCAGCUGCAGGAAGAAACGAACGCAUUCAUCGACUCGGUGAUGGCUAAUCCGGAAAACGAGUCGCUACGUUCGCAUUUCUACAGUACACAGAACAAACGUCUACCGGCAACGGUCCCGGUGACGGUGCAGAAGUGA